AUGGUUUGCAAACUACCAACAGGAUCUUUUUCAUCAUUCUACCUCCAACUUUAUCAGAUUGUGGAGGAUCGUUCGUCGGAUCAGGUCAUCUCGUGGAGCAAAACAAACAACAACAGUUUCAUCGUUUGGGACUUGAAGAGGCUUCGCAGCGACAUCCUUCUCAAAUUCUCCUCUGUAUUGGGCAGAAACUUGCCAGAGUUUCUCGCAAAGCUUCGGUCUCACGGCUUCAAACCGGUCUUCAAGGGCCCUGGAGAAUUGGAGUUUGAACAUGAUGAUUUCGCAAGAAGCCCUCUGAUGAAGAAGAUGAUGGCCAAAGCCUUGUCGGAUAGGAUUGAGAGGUUCGAUGCUCAGAUCAAAACCUUGAAGUGUAGACUCAAAGCCAAGAAAGCUUCCCUCAAAGUUGAGAUUCUCUUCCAAAACCUGCGUAUCUGA